AUGUCACAGUACGGCUACGACGACGGCCCACGCCGUCACGACUCGAGGCGCACCCGCACUCGUGAGCCCGAGUACGUCGAGGAGACGUACAUCCAGCGCGGCAGUGCUCCGCCCCAGCGCGACCUCGUUUACCGCCCUGCUCGUGAGGACAGCAUCGAAGACAUCCCCCGCGACUUUCCUCCGCCCGGCGCCGAAUACCGCAGGACCAAGGUGCGCGAGAAUUACGGCCCUCCACGCCGCGCCCGCUCUGUCGGCCGCCGCGACUACUACGAUGACGACUACAGUGACUACGCUCCUCCUCCGCGAGGCAGGAGAAGCCGCGACGACCCUUACUACUCGGACGAUUACGACCGUCCUCCGCGCCGUGAGCGCCGCAAGUCCAAAGUUGAAGAGUUUCUUGAUGACGCUGGUCUUGGCGGCGUGGUAGGCGCCGUGCUUGGAAAGUCGCGCAGCAAGAGCAGGUCUCGUGGUCGGGAUGACCGGAGCUACGACCGCUAUGAUCGCCAUGAUCGCUACUACGAUGACCGUAGCCGAAGCCGAAGCCGCCACGGCAAGUCUGAGCGCAAGUGGCAGCAAGCUGCCCAGGCUGCCCUCGUCGCCGGUGCCGUCGAAGCCUUCCGGAGCCGCAAGGACCCUGGUGCCUGGACCGGUGAAAAGGGCACUCGUAUCGCAACAGCUGCCCUUGGUGCUGCCGGCAUCGACGGCCUUGUCGACAGAGACCCGGACAAGAAGAGCAAGCGCCACACUGCCGAGGCCGUGAUUGGCGGCUUAGUCGCUAAUCGUUUAGCGAACGGUCCAAGAGAUCGCUCCGCUUCUCGGGGCAGAUCUCGUUCCCGUUCACGCUCCCGUGCCCGCUCCCUCUUCAGCCGCAGCCGCUCGCGAGGCCGCUCUGUGGACCGUGAGGAAGGAGGUGGGGGUGCCAUCAAGAACCUUGCGGGCGCAGGCGCCAUUGCUGCUGCCGGCAAAGCCAUCUACGACCGUGUGCGAUCCAAGUCAAGGCGCCGCAGGUCUCCGAGCAGCUCGAGUGCCGACAGUUACGUUCCCUCACGCGGUCGCCGUUACGGCCGUGCACGGGGGUCCGCGGUAGACGACGACUAUCCAAGGACAUCCACGGCUGGGAGUGUAGCAGGGGGCCCUGUGGCGCCACGCGCAAGACGCAACAGCAGCGUGAGCUCGGAAUCUACCACAGACAUGGAGCAACAACGAAAGAAAAUGCGAGGUAAGGAACUCCUCACCGCGGGGCUGGCGACUGUUGCAACCAUUCAUGCCGCACAUGGUGUCUACACGUCCAUGGUGGCGUCGGAGAAGCGGCGCAAGCUCGUUUCCGAGGGUGAAAUGUCGCCGGAAGAAGCUCGCAAGCGGAAGAGCAAGAAUAUGCUGCAAGAUGCGGCAGCUGUUGGCAUUGCGGCGCUUGGCAUCAAAAGCGCCUUCAGCGAGUGGAAAGAGAUGAACGAACAACGCCACCACGUGCACGAGCUCGAGGCCAAGCGACGCAAGAAGAGGAAGCAGCGCGAGCGAGCCCAGCGCGAUGCCAGACAGAACGCCCUGAUGAAUGGCUCUGCUAACCCGUAUGCCGUCCCAGCUCCUGGUUCCGCGUACCCGCAGUAUGGCGCCUCAACCUACGCAGAUGCGAACCCCUACUCCGCUGGCAACUUGCCGCCGCCGCCGAUGGGGGCCCCGGCUGGGAGAUAUUGA